ACCAAGCCGAGCGCCCAGAGAAGUAUGAAGAGAGAUUCUGCGCCUGCUGGAAUCAGAGCUGCUGCUGCUGGUGGUGGGGUAAGGAGAGACCUGCGGGACGGACUUCCAGAGGAGGCGAUCUCAGACCCCCGGAGCGGGGCACGAUAGAGCCAGGCUGCCUUCCACGAGCAGAAGCAGCAGCAGCAGCAGCGAGCACAGCUCAGAGACGCUGGGGUAUUGCUACCAGAUAAAUGAUGUGUACAGCCCUAAGCCCAAAGGUACGAAGCGGCCCGGGACUCUCAGAUAUGCAUCAGUACAGUCAGUGGCUGGCCAGCAGACAUGAAGCUAAUUUGUUGCCGAUGAAAGAAGAUCUUGCCUUGUGGUUGACAAACCUAUUAGGUAAUGAGAUAACAGCAGAAACAUUUAUGGAGAAAUUGGAUAAUGGUGCCUUGCUCUGUCAGCUUGCAGAAACCGUACAAGAGAAAUUCAAAGACAAUACUGAUGUUAAUAAGCCCGUUAAGUGCCUGCCGGUGAGGAAGAUUCCAUGCAAAGCCAGCGCGCCUUCAGGAUCCUUUUUUGCCCGAGACAACACAGCCAAUUUCUUAUCCUGGUGCCGAGAUGUAGGGGUGGAUGAAACAUGCCUCUUUGAAUCAGAAGGUUUGGUUCUCCACAAGCAGCCUAGAGAAGUGUGCCUUUGUUUGCUAGAGCUGGGCCGGAUUGCAGCCAGGUAUGGUGUGGAGCCUCCAGGUUUAAUAAAGCUGGAAAAAGAGAUUGAACAGGAAGAAACACUUUCAGCCCCUUCUCCUUCCCCUUCUCCUUCCUCAACAAAAUCUUCUGGAAAAAAGAGCACAGGAAACUUAUUGGAUGAUGCUGUGAAACAUAUUUCAGAAGAUCCCCCUUGCAAAUGCCCAAACAAGUUCUGUGUGGAGCGUCUCUCACAAGGAAGAUACAGAGUUGGAGAAAAGAUCCUUUUCAUUAGGAUGCUGCACAACAAGCAUGUCAUGGUCCGUGUGGGAGGAGGAUGGGAAACUUUUGCUGGUUAUUUGCUGAAACACGACCCUUGCCGCAUGCUCCAGAUCUCUCGUGUGGAUGGCAAGACCUCCCCCAUCCAAAGCAAAUCACCAACCCUUAAGGACAUGAAUCCAGAUAAUUACCUGGUGGUCUCUGCCCAUUACAAGGCCAAGAAGGAGAUUAAAUGAAGCUAGCUGGUCACUACAAGGGGACUUUCAGAGAGGCCCACAUCACUUACUUCUCCAGUGUAGUCAGAGUAGUCUGUGUGCCUUGAAAGGACUUCGGGAAAUUGAACAAACCCAGACAGACAAUGGCAUUAUGCUUGAAGGAUUGUUAAAAUUGUAGCACUAUUUAUUUCUAAAGCUUUUGUAGAAAAUGACCUCUUAGGUGGAAUGCUAAUAUCAAAUAUAGUAGCCAAGUUUUAGAUGAAUCAUUACUCCUCCAUAUGUGAACAUUAUGUUUAGAAAGUCUUAAGAGACCUGGUUCUAGGUAAUUACAGAACCUUGUUAAGAGGAAAAAAAAA